AUGCUGCGUUUCUCUCGUUGUCUCAAGCCACCAAAAUAUCAGCCGCUCUCAUGGCACCGAGGACUGGCGACGAGCGGUGACCUUAGUGCGGAAGUGGGAGUCCGCGACCCCAACGCGUACUGCAGUGAUCUGAUCCGCAAACGGGACUACGAGGCAUAUCUGGUGUCACACUUCUGGCCUCGCGAGAUUCGCGCACAUUACAUAGCGCUGAGGGCUUUUUAUGUAGAGCUGGCUUCUGUGCAAGAAGCAGUGUCAAAUCCGACUAUUGGCAGGAUGCGGAUGCAAUUCUGGAGAGACGCUAUAAAGGGUAUAUCUGAUGGCAGACCGCCGCGGCAUCCAAUCGCGCUGGCUGUGCAUGAUGCGUGCCGGCACGCAGAUAUCCCGACGUACCACCUCAAGAGGAUCGUCGAUGCUCGGGUGAGUGGGUGCAGUGUGCUACACACGCCCACACACCUCACUGUGGACUCGCUCACCGCGCACGCGGAGUCCACGGCAUCCACAUUCCUGUAUCUGCUGCUAUCCCUGCUCAACCUUUCCGCAUCGUCCACGCUGUCCCACGCAGCGUCCCACCUUGGUGUUGCGCAUGGGGUCACGACGCUACUGCGCGCACUGCCGUACCAUGCAUCGCAAGGCCGAAUGGUAAUCCCAGCAGAGAUAACCGCGCGACACGGCGUGAACCAUGAGGAGGUAUUCCGGAAGGGUGGCCACGCGAAGGGCGUCGAGGACGCUGUGUUCGAUUUCGCCACCGUAGCGAACGACAAUCUGCUGACAUGUGUGGAGAUGUUUAAACAUGGUGGGGACGCUGUGGUACCGGGUAAAGCGCGGCCGGCCUUCCUGUCUGGGGUUCCGACACGGUUAUAUCUCGAGCGUCUCGAAGGGGUUAACUUUGACGCGUUUCAUCCAUCGUUGCAGGUACGGGAUUGGAAGUUACCGUGGAGGAUAUGGCGUAGUUACUACAAAGGCGGUUUGUAG